AUGUCCGAACAUCAAAAUGCCUCUGUCAGUGUUGACAAGCAUCCCGUCUCCGAGGCUAUCUCCGAGCAACCAAAAGCGCCUCAAAGCCAAACAUCCUCAGACGAAGUCGAAGUCGAAGAGGACCACAGCGUAGCCAACAUCGAACGAAUCUACAGAAAACUGGACCGUCGCAUCAUCUCCGCAUUCUGGGUCCUCUACUUCCUAUGUUCAGCCAUCCGCUCGAACGUAGGCCUAGCACAGACAAUGAACACAGACAGUGGCCACGACCUCGCAAGCGUGCUCAAUCUAUCCCGACACCAGAUCUCAACCGGUCUCGCCCUCUUCUACGUCUGCUACGUGAUCUUCGACCUCCCCUCAAACCUAAUCAUGACCCGCUUAAGCCCCCACGUCUGGAUGAGCCGCAUCGUGAUCAGCCCUCCUCCGCCUCCUCCUCGGUAUCGUCACAGCAGGCAUGUGGCCCGGCAUGACAUACUACCUAACCCUCUUCUACCCCCCUCCCGCAUCGGCAAAAGAAUCGGCCAAUACUUCACAGCCUCCCAAGUCUCCGCCGCAGUCGUCGGCCUCGUCUCAGCCGGCUUCCAAAAAAUGGAUGGCGCACACGGCCUCGUCGGCUUCCAAUGGAUGUUCCUGAUCUACGGCGUCAUCACUGUAGCCCUGGGCUUCGCCUUGCUAUGGUGGUUACCAGAUAGACCCACGCCUCCAGGCGAACCCGCGCCCAAACGCGCUUGGGUAAUGCGCUGGGUGCCUGCCACCACGCCCGCGCUGACAGGUGCCGACGCCGUCGUGCAUUACCAUGAUCUGAAGCGUGUUUAUCACUCGUCUGCAUGGACGCUGCGGGAUUUGCUUGCGGUGUUUUUGGAUUGGAGACUUUAUCCGUUGUUGAUUAUGUAUUUUGGUGUUGUGGGUGUUGGGAUUGGUGUGCAGUUGUAUGCGAACUUGAUUAUCAAGGCUAUUGAUCCGACUUUGAGUGAUGUUUCUUUGAGUUUGUUGACGGCUCCGAUUUGGAUUAUGGAUCUCAUCGCCAUCCUCCUCGUGACGCCCCUCUCGGACCGCUUCCACCGCCACCGCGCAAUCUUCUUCUCAAUCCCCGUCCUCCUCCAAAUCCUCGGCCUCCUCCUAACAAGCUACGCCGGCACAGAUGCAAAUCCCUGGCCCCGCUACGGCGGCCUCCUAAUCGUCGGAUUCGGUCUCGGUCCAACAGUCCCAAUAACAAUGACCUGGACAACAGAGAUAUUCCAACCCCGACACGGCGAGCUGGGCGUAGCUGCUGCGUCGGCUGUUGUCUCCGGUCUCGGUAACCUGGGCAGUAUCCUCACGACAUAUGCGCUGUAUUCAGGAUGGCAGAGUGACUACGAGGCCCCGGGUCGCGCGAAAUAUAGAAAGAGUAACCUUGUCAUGAUUGGCAUUCUGGCAGCGAGUAUUCUCUCUGCUGCGCUUAUGGAGGUUAUGUUGAGAUUUGUUGAUGGACGAUAUUCGGAGGAUGAUGAGGCGGUUGAUGGGGCUGGUAGGAGGGAGGUGAGGCAGCGUGGGUUGCAUGGGUUGGGGGCUGGUGUUAGGCGUUGGUUGAAGCGUGGGAAGUUGAUUUCUGCGUAG